CACAUCUUAAUUUCACUUAGGCGUAAAUACUAAUACUACAGUUGGGGACAAUUGGCUUCAAUUGUUUUUCAAAUGUAUACUUCUAUCAUAGUAAUAACCUACUUCUACUAGCGACUUUAACUUGCCGCACUUAAUACCGUAUAUAACUUAUUAGUAACUUUAACUACGCUUGGGUAUUGCUUUAUAAUUGCUUUAUUUAUUGCUAAUAUUUAUCAAGCCAGGGGGGGAGGACAGAGUUUGUGAGAGAUGAAAUUUUUACUCAAGAGUAAUAGCUCGAGUUAAGAGCAUGUCAAACCUGACUUUUUACUGUCAGAAUUGAUGCAUGUAAAUAUCGAGUGAAUAUGUAGCUAAGAGGAAAUCGACUUAGGAUAGACCUUAUCACUGGCCCAUGUGCUUUUUCUUGCCACAGUGUGAAAUAUUUCGCCCCUUUUAAUUUCGAGCAUAAAGUUUUUAAAACAAUUUGUUCGUAGUUUGAAAGAGACAGCCCUGCAAUACGUUUUCUUUGCCAAAGUGAAAUAUUUCGCCUCUAUUGAAACCACUCGAAUAAGUCAUUCACAAUAAACAUGUUAUCCAUUCAUUUGGACGAGGCUACCUUCGACGCUGUCAUAGCGAUUAUGGCUACAAUUGGAUUUUUUACUGCAUAAAUAUUCCAAGAAUUUUAUAAAUGGCGUAAAUGUGUCAAACAAUAUAAGUCCUUGAAUCUUUCUUCAAGAUAUCACUACAGCAGAGUCUCUGCGUCAGCUUCUCGAUCAUAAAGAGGUGCUUGUGCAUUCGGAAUAAUUUAAUCGCUCUAGUGGAUCAACCAUGAAACAACCGAAAGAUUUCGUGUGUUGUGCUUCUCCCUUAUUCAUUUUGAUCGUCUGUAUAUGCCCUCACAUUGCCACAUUACAACACACAGUUGAUCUACUCGAAUCGAAAUCAUCUGAGCGGACUACGGAAUCAAGACGGCAAAACCCAGGCAGAGUUCGACGAAGUUCGAAAAAUUAUACAUGUAGAGGAAAUCAAACAACGUUUGAAUACAGCGCGAAUGGUGGUUGUUUUUACGACAACGCUUGCUUCAAGAUUUUUUCAGAUUGUUGUCCGGAUUACCCAAAGCUAUGUGGUGGACAGGAGUCAAACAAAACUACCGAUAUCAAAGAGCCUGCUUCAGCAUGGAAAUGUAUCCCAUUUGGUGUCGCGCGCGGAGAGGAUAUUUCAUGCGUAGCCCUUGGAAUAACCGGGGUUUGGAUGAUAAAUAAAUGUCCAUCUAACGACUCCGUCAACAGGUUAGUAGCCAAAUGUAAGGACGUCCCAAUGGGGCUAUCGUAUCCUACAACAGAGUUUUCGUAUUCUGUAGGGGAUAUUAUUCCAGUGGUUGGGGAAAAUUUCCUUACUUACCGUAAUAAGUACUGCGCCUUGUGCAAUGGCGUAGAAAAUUUCACAUCUUGGGAUAUACGUGUUAAAACAAACGUUGUUCCCCCCGAGGGCUACGACCUGAAUCAAAAGAUCAAGUUUAUCUUGGAAAACGGGGGAAAGAUCGAAUCUUUUUCGCCCCACAUGGAUCAACCACGGAGGUAUUGUUAUGGAAUGAAUUAUAUAGACAACUGUAAUAAUUCAACAAAUCAACAUUAUAAACGUUGUAUUGAAGGUCCUAUUGCAGUCGUAACAAGCAGCGAACAUAAAUACUUCAAGAACCCUGAAUGUGCGUCGUGUAAUGGUCAUCCUGGCCUGGUCGUAUGGCACGCAGAAAGAGGUUGCGGCGGGGGCGUAGGAUCUGACAAAUUUUCGAUCGUAUUCAAGCUGAAGAGGACGACUGAACGUGUUAUUACGACUAGUGUCGUGUCAAAGUCCUGUCCGUCUGGUUCCGUUUAUGAUACAAGCUUGAAGUUCUGUCGCAAAGGAUAUGUUAUUUCUUCCAGUAAUAAACUUGCCAACGAAUUUUUGAUCCUGCUGUGGUUAAAACCUCCUCUUAGAAGCGACUGGAAACUGCAUUCGACACUUGGAAAUUGGCUACGAACUGCAUUCACAUCUCGCUUUUUGCUUUUUCCAAAUCAAAUCUCUGAAGUUACUUUCCAUAAGCAAUACAUAUCAGCCAAUACUUUUUUCGUUGCGACGUUUCGGUUAACCCUGACGCCAUUUCAAAGCCUAGUAAUGGCCAACCCAAAUGAACCGGACUUGAACAUCACUCGCGAAAAUAUCGCUUUUUUGCAACUUUUGAACUCCACAGGCAAUUUUACGGUCGCUUACGAUGGAUACAAUGUUUCUAUAAUAAAUUUAAUUUUAAAACAGCUCUCGUGCUACGGAGAGGAGAAGUCACAUGAACACGACAUUGACAGGGAAAAUGGAACUUUUCUCGUGAAUAAAACUGGCGAAAGAUUGUUACUGGAUGACUACACUAUUGCUAAAGAAGAAGGUGGAAAUGUUACAUUAUGUCGUAAAUUGGUCUUGUCAGAUUGUUUGGGAGGAUCUUACGUUCCGUUAGCUCCAAACGAAUACAGGACUUUUCCUAAUUUAUCAGUUUAUUACAAAGCAACGAACCGAACUUUCCAUUUCGGAGAUUAUCUGAUCAGAGAAAAUAGCAACGUCACAUCUGAAGACUCAGGAAACUCGACAAUUGCCAUUUGUUUGCCUUUCAAAACCACGUUCAACGAAACUGAAGUAAAAUACAAAACAAACCGAACAAGUUAUGCGUUACAAAUUCUGACUACGAGUGGUUUUAGUGUUUCGAUAACCUGUUUGUUUCUUCUUCUGUUAACUUAUGGAUUAUUCAAAGAAUUGCGGACAGUUCCUGGAUUGAAUCUGAUGAACUUGAGUUUUUCCAUGUUUCUGUCCCAACUCGUAUGGCUGGUGGGUACCUCUCAUUUCACAGGGACAACCACAUGUAAAGCUUUCGCCAUAGUGGGACACUAUCUUCUGCAAACAUCAUUUCUGGCCAUGUCCGUCAUCUCACAUCAUACCUGUCUCACGUUGUCAAAUCCCUUCAUUGGACGAAUCGUCAACAAGUCUUUUCGACGAUUUAUCGCGUAUUCAGCAUUCGUGUGGUUAAUUCCUGCCAUUGUGAUCGCAAUUUGUGUCAUUUUGGAUGAAACAGAAGUGUUCCUAAUAGAUUAUGGAACAAAUUGUUGGAUGGAAACUGCAAAUGCUAAGCUAUAUUUGUUUCUGUUACCCUUGGCUAUACUUCUACUGUAUAAUAUCUUCAGAUUUAUCCAAACAGCACGUGGUUUAUCUCGUCAUAACAAGGACAGAAAAAUGUUAAAACAGAAAGAAGGAAAACAAAAUCUUCUCAUAUGCGCAAAAAUUGCGACGUUGGUCGGCUUUCCCUGGCUGUUUGCUUUCUUUGGUGUUCUGUUUCCCGAUGUUGAAGCCUUCGAAUAUUUGUUUGUUAUUUUCGUUUGUUCACAAGGAUUGUACAUUGGCGUCGCUUUUCUGUGCAACAAAAAAACUUUGAAACUUUAUGUUGAUCGAUGGAACGCAUUCUUGACGUCACGAGAAAAUUCAUCUUCACAAGCGACUGGUGCGCUGACCUUUGAAAUGACAUAAUGAAAAUGCGAGCUAGAUUUGCAAAUCUUGAUUUCACUUGGGUGUAAAUACUAAACGAUACCUGGGCACAGUUAGGGACAAUUGGCUUUAAUAGUUUUUCCAUUGUAUACUUGUAGUAAUAACCAACUUAUACUAGCGACUGUAACUUGCCGCAUGCACUUGGGCUCUAAACCAAUAGUUUUGCGUUGCAUACUUCCACCUUAGUGGAAACUAUAUAACUUAUCAGUGACUUUAAGUACACACAUUGGUAUAGCUUGCUAUAAUUGCUUUGCAUUUGAUUUCGAGUUUAAUAAUAUUUAGACAUGCAGACAUAUCCUAUUCAGUGAAAAUGCUUCUUUAAGUAUACUCGUGAUUCCUUCU